CCUUCAAAAUCUCUCUGGGUUUCAUAAAGGCUCCUGUUUAUUUUCUAUCAGUAUGAUUGAAGCUUAUCCGGACUUAGUGAACAAAUGCAGUUUGACCAAUCAGACCGCUCUGCUAUUGGCUGCCAAACAAGAAGACCUUCCAUGUGUUGAAUUUCUUCUGGAGCACGGAGCGGACGCGGACAUCUCCAACAAAGACGGAGAGACGCCGUUGUUUGUAGCCUGUGAGAAUCCCAACAGAGAUAUUGUGUACCUGUUGCUGAGGCAUGGCGUUCAGGUGAACCGUUGCAGCACCCAGGGGGUCAGCGCUCUGCAUGAAGCCUGUAGACACGGACAGCUGGAGAUCUGCAAGAUGUUACUGGAUGCCGGAGCACAUCUGGAGGCCAAGAACAUCUACGGCAUCACACCGUUCUUCACAGCCGCUCAACACGGACAGGUCGACGUCCUGCAGCAUCUCGUCAAGAGGGGGGCGGAUAUCAACAAACAGGCCUUGGAUGGAGCCUCUCCGCUGUUUGAAGCCUGUAAGAACGGUCACGCUCCUGCAGUGGAGAUGUUGCUCGCCUGGAAAGCUACUGCCAACCGAUCCUUGACGUCCGGCCUGCUGCCUCUUCACAUGGCUGUUCAGAACGAUCACAUAGAAAUCGUGAAGAUGCUGAUCCCAGUGACAAACAGGUUGAGGAUCCAGAACUGUGGUAUCAGCCCUCUGCACAUUGCAGCAGAUAAAGACAGGGAUGACAUCAUGGAGCUCCUGAUCCAGUCUGGCUUCGAUGUCAACGCCAUACUGUCAGAGGGACAAUCCAAGAUCUACGAGGAUCAGCGGACAACAGCCCUCUACUUCUCUGUAUUCAAUGGGAACCUGGAGGCCACUGAAAUGCUCCUGGAGGCCGGCGCCAACCCAAGCCUGGACGUCUUCAACCCUCUGCUGAUCGCCGUUCGGCUCGGCUGGAUUGAAAUGGCAUCGCUGCUGCUGAAGUACGGGGCUGAUGUCAAUGCUCAGAUUUCCACCCAACCAUCCACCUUCCCAUCGGCGAUAUAUCUCAACAUAGAGUCUCUGCCCAUGCUCAAACUGCUGCUGGACUACGGCUGCGAUGCCUGGCCCUGCUUUGACUGCCAGUACGGCCAAAAUCCUCAUCCGGCUGUACCCUCACGCCGUUUCACUGGAGUGAUGCGGUGCAACAGGGAUUCGCCACCAAUGCGUCUCAUUCAGUUCUGUGAGGUGUUCUCCAACCCGGGCCUCUGCCGUUUACACGGCCCCAUCAUGUCCCUGCUGCUCGACUACGUGGGUCAUGUGAAAUUCUGUUCUCGACUUCUGGAGGUCUUGGAGGCGUGCAGCAAGUGGGCGGAGAUCAAACUGAAGGCUGCUCCACCUCGCCCUCUGAUGCAUCUCUGCAGGCUGAGGAUCAGACAUCAGCUCGGAGUCCAAAGACUUCAGAUGCUCCACACCCUGCCACUUCCUGUCCAACUCGUCCGCUUCCUGUGCCAUGACAUCACCUGCUCACUCAUAUGAACUCACCGGGUCACGCGACAAAGUCCCAUCAGUGUUUUAUCCUUUACUGCUCUCAGCUUCACCCUGUGACCACCCCGCCUCCAGAGUUUGUUUGUUUGCUUGUGGUUUUCUUUUGUGUUCUAGAUGCCAGAAGGUGUGGGCCGGCAGGGAGUGAGACCACCUAAGCCCGGUGUUCUAAAUCCACAAAGGCAGGGCGUGGAAGUUCAACCGUGGAGAGUCAGAUGGACGGGCUGCUCCCCAACACUCUCCUCAUUUCUGGCUUUCUGUAUCACACACAACACUGAACUUGCCAUUCAAUCCCUCAUGAACACACGCUCACAUCACUGACUUUAUGUACUCUGUGUCUCCUCACGUUAUUGUCCUUGGCUUUGGCAAAAUUUGGGCUCAUCCAAUUCUGAUUGAUUUGAGGUGUUUGAUGGCCUCCAGGUGUGAUUGUUGGGGUUGUACCUUUGAGUCAGACUGCAGAAAGUAGUGACGUGUCGUAACACUUUCUGAUGUGGUACUCCUGCCCACGGCACCCCCUGCUGUGUAGGGGCGACGCAGAAGUAUAAAUCAGCCUUCAGGUUUCACUUGGUUUGUUGUUUUUGUGUCGUGUUGGGGUGAAAGCGGUUUGGCAGCACAGUCGUGGUUUUUGGGGGUUUGCUAACUUGGCUGGUUGCUUUCCCAUGCCAGCGGUCGGUGGUUCUUAAGACCGUACGUAGACCAGGGUUGAGUUGGAUUACAUUUUGGUAAGGCAGUUAGCCGUUAAUCGUUAGCUCGUUUAGAUGCAAAGAGGCUAACAGGAGUUAGCACUUUAACAUGCCAUCAAGAAAAAAAGCUGUUCACUGAUUGGUCAAACUGAGUGAAAACGACAUAUAGCCUUUUUUCACUUGCGCAAUAUUUCUAAAAUUAGACACUUCCUGUCUCAGAGCGACGCAGAAAAAC